CAUAGCUGCUGCCAGGCCCCUAAUCUGCCAUGGGCCCCUGUACACGCCUCCUCAUGCUGCUGCCAGCGGGAGUCCACAGUGUCUCAUGCCAUGUGCCACUUUCAGGUCUCCUCACACUGCUGGUGUGUUCAAUUUUUUUUUGUCAUAGGGUGCUGGCAGAUUACGGGCCUCCCAUAGCUGCUGCCAGGCCCCUAAUCUGCCAUGGGCCCCUGUACCGCCUCCUCAUGCUGCUGCCAGUCCCAGCUGUCUCUCAUGGGUCCCUGUAUGGCCUACCCAUUGCUGCUGUCUCCAUCGCCACACUCUGCCAUGUGCCACUUUCAGGUCUCCUCACACUGCUGGUGUGUUCCAUUUUUUGUCAUAGGGUGCUGGCAGAUUACGGGCCUCCCAUAGCUGCUGCCAGGCCCCUAAUCUGCCAUGGGCCCCUGUACCGCCUCCUCAUGCUGCUGCCAGGUCCAGAGUGUCUCAUGGGUCCCUGUACGGCCUCCCAUUGCUGCUGUCUCCAUCGCCACACUCUGCCAUGUGCCACUUUCAGGUCUCCUCACACUGCUGGUGUGUUCCAUUUUUUG